CCCCUCUUUUUUUCCCCCAAAUCUCGCAUCGCCUUGUCUCCCCCUCCCCCCGUGCGCCUCCGAUCCGGCGCCAAUCCGCCGCGGAAUCCGGCGAAUCCGGCGGGGGCACGGGCGCGGCGCGGCGAUUUGGUCGGGGAGGCGGCGCGGGGCGCUGCGGAUCGAGCUCCGGGUCGACGGAUUUGGCCGCGUGGAACGGGAGCUCGACUCGAUUUUUGCGGAGGCGCGCGGUCGCCGGAGGCGGGAGAGGGAGAGGGAGAGAGAGGGACGGCAUAUGCGUGUGACGGUGACGCCCAAGGACGAGGAGAGGCUGGUGGUGCUCAUGGCGCGGGAGCGGCCGCGGUCGGCGGUCGUGGCACCCGGGGGAGACCUCGUUACGGCGGGUGGCGGCGGCGGUGGGGGAGGGGGAGGGGAGGGGUCCGACGGGGACUCGUCGGGGUCGCUGGAGGAGAUCAGCGCCGACGACUUCAAGAAGGAGUCGUCGGCCGCCGGCGGCGCGGCGGCGGCGGCCGCGGCGCAGCAGAGAUCUAGGGUUUGGAUGGGGUACAACAUCCCGCGGAGCUACGCGCCGGCGUUCCACAGCUUCGCGUGGGCGCAGGCCGUGCAGAACAAGCCGCUCGUGCCCCGCGCCGCCGACGCCGCCGACGAGGACGAGGUGGAGCACGUCGUGGACACCUCGGACGAGGAGAAGGAGGAGGGCGAGAUCGAGGAGGGGGAGGCCGUGCAGACCACCACCACCUCCUCCUCGUCCCCGCCGUGCGCGCAGCCGCCCGAAACCAUCGACCUGGACUCCGACGCGCCGGAGAAGUCCGAGUCGAUGGUGGCCAUGUAUGGCGGUGGCGCCGCGCCGGCCGGUGCUGAGGAGGAGGAAGUGGACUUUGACCAGCGUGUGGGGAGUAUACUCGAGGAGCUUGAGAUGGUCUCCAUUGAGGAAGCUGAGAAGUCGUUUGAGGGUGCAUGUACGCGUCUGCGAACGUGCUUCGAGAACCUGAAGCCGUUAUUCCCAGAGAGCGGGAGCCCAAUGCCCAUGCUUGAUGCCCUUGUGCAGCAGGCGUUUGUUGGAAUCGACACCAUUACCACCGUGGCAAAUUCGUAUGACAUGCCGAAGAGGGAGCAGACCAAGAACAUGCUUCUUAAGUUGUUAUUCCACAUAAAAAACAGAUAUUCAGACAUGCUAACACCUGACCAACGAGAUGAGCUGGAUAGCCGUGUGAGGCAGUUAGUGUUUGAGGAUGGAAAAGACAAUGCAAAUGGUCCAAAUGCCACUUCAACUAAUGCUGCAGCUCCAUCUGGUCAGGUUUUAUCAGAGAGACUACCAUUUGAAUCAGGAGCAGGAAAUUCAUUUAGCAAGGUUGAAAUACCAGCAAAGAAUAGAAUGGUUAGCCCCUUGUUGGAUCUUCAUGCAGAUUAUGACGAAAACAGCUUACCCUCACCAACUCGAGAUAGUAAACCACCUUUUGAUGUGCCAAAGCCCAUUGGAUAUGGAGCACUUCCAAUGGCACCUGACAGACCAUCGGUUCUAGAAAGAGUUGAGCCUGCGAAGAAUUCUUCGUAUCAAUCCUUUAACGAUGCACUGAAGGCUGUUUGCUAUUACCAACAGAAGCAUGGGCAGAAGUCUAACUUUGCAAGCGAUGAUCUACCAAGUCCAACUCCUUCUGGUGAUGGAGAUAAAUCUGGAGACAAAGGGGGUGAUGUAUUUGGUGAAGUUUCGAGCUUUUCUGCUUCAAACAAGAUUGCGUUGCCAAUUGUGAAUCAGAUGCCCUCUCGACCUAGCACAGUUAGCAGCAACAGUGACAGUUUUGCAGGUGGUCCACCAGGUUAUGCUAAACAGAUUGAAAACUCUGUUUCAGGAUCCAACCACCUGCUAAAAGCUACAGCUAAAAGUAGAGAUCCAAGGCUUAAGUUUUUAAAUCGUGAUACUGGUGGUGUUGCAGAUGCAAACCGACGUGUGAAUUUUGCAGAACCAAAUCCUUCUAAAGAUAGGACCAUGGGUGGUGGAGUAUCAAUCAAUAGCCGUAAGAAUAAGGCAGUUGAUGAACCUAUGGUGGAUGAGAACGCGUUAAAAAGAUCUAGGGGUGUCAUUGGCAACCUGAGAGAUAUGCAACCUACAGGUCGAGGUGGGUGGGCUAAAGAUGGAGGUAAUAUUAGCUCAUAUUCUAGUGAUGGGUUUCAGCCAAAUCAAAAUACAAGACUUGGAAAUAACACAACUGGAAAUCAUAAUAUCAGGACAGAUAGUACACUUGCUAGUAACUUAAAUAAUACGACAAAUAAUAGUGGAACUAGUCCUGGAAUUGUACAAGCACCCCAAACUAAUUCAGCUCCGCAAACCAGUUCUGCUCCUGCUGUUUCAUUGCCUGCUAUGUUAAAAGACAUUGCUGUCAAUCCAACAAUGCUCAUGCAAUGGAUUCAAAUGGAACAGCAGAAGAUGUCAGCAUCAGAACCUCAGCAGAAGGUAACUGCUUCUGUUGGCAUGACUAGUAAUGUAACUCCUGGCAUGGUUUUACCACUUGGCAAUGCUCCAAAGACCACAGAAGUUGCAGCAGUCCCUUCUGUUAGACCACAAGUUCCAAUGCAGUCAGCUCCCAUGCACUCACAAAAUGAUACUGGAGUUAUACGUAUGAAACCACGUGAUCCUCGUCGCAUACUCCAUAGUAACAUAGUGCAGAAGAACGAUACAGUUCCUCCAGUUGGUGUUGAGCAAGCCAAAAGCAAUGGAACUGCUCCGCCAGACUCUCAGAGCAGCAAGGACCAUUUGCUCAACCAAGACCAAAAGGCAGAGCAACUUCAGGCUAUUGCAUUGCCUUCUCUACCUGUUACAUCAUCAGCACGGCCAGUCACCAUGAAUGCAAAUCCUGUCUCAAAUUCACAGUUAGCUGCUACAGCACUUAUGCCUCCUCAUGGCAAUACAAAGCAAACUUCAAGUAGUGUAAAUAAGGCAGAUCCAAGAUUAGCUGCUGGACAGAAUGAAUCUAAUGAUGAUGCUGCAACAAGUACUGGUCCUGUAACAGCACCUGAUGCUGUGCCGCCUGCUAGCCCAUAUGGAGAUGUUGAUCAUCUCCUUGAUGGUUAUGAUGAUCAGCAGAAGGCUCUCAUUCAGAAGGAAAGGGCAAGGCGGAUCAAGGAACAACACAAGAUGUUUGCAGCACGGAAACUUUGCUUGGUGCUUGAUUUGGAUCACACGCUCCUCAAUUCUGCAAAGUUUAUAGAAGUGGACCAUAUUCACGGGGAAAUUUUACGAAAGAAAGAGGAACAAGAUCGAGAGAGGGCAGAGCGCCAUCUCUUCUGUUUUAAUCAUAUGGGAAUGUGGACCAAACUGAGACCUGGAAUAUGGAACUUUCUUGAGAAGGCAAGUAAACUUUAUGAGUUGCAUCUGUACACAAUGGGCAACAAGGUUUAUGCUACUGAGAUGGCUAAGGUUCUUGAUCCUACUGGAACCCUGUUUGCUGGGCGUGUUAUCUCAAGAGGCGAUGAUGGUGAUCCUUUUGACAGUGAUGAGCGAGUGCCAAAAAGUAAAGAUCUUGAUGGGGUGUUGGGGAUGGAAUCUGCAGUGGUGAUCAUUGAUGACUCUGUGAGAGUCUGGCCCCACAACAAACACAAUUUAAUUGUUGUAGAGAGAUACACCUAUUUCCCCUGCAGCAGGCGUCAGUUUGGGCUUCCUGGGCCAUCACUUCUUGAAAUUGAUCGAGAUGAAAGACCAGAGGAUGGUACUCUUGCUUCUUCACUCGCGGUUAUUGAGCGCAUUCACAAGAACUUCUUUUCUCAUCCUAAUCUCAAUGAUGCUGAUGUGCGGAGCAUACUAGCAUCUGAGCAGCAGAGGAUACUUGGUGGUUGCCGUAUUGUCUUUAGCCGGAUUUUCCCGGUUGGAGAGGCCAAUCCCCAUAUGCAUCCUUUGUGGCAGACUGCUGAGCAGUUCGGUGCAGUUUGCACGAACCAAAUUGAUGAUCGGGUCACCCAUGUUGUGGCCAACUCCCUCGGGACUGACAAGGUGAAUUGGGCGCUAUCAACAGGCAGAUUCGUUGUUCAUCCAGGAUGGGUAGAAGCUUCAGCUCUAUUAUACCGGCGUGCCAGUGAGCUCGACUUUGCGGUUAAAUAACACGACAAUGAAUCCCUGUUUGCCAUCCAAAGUCGUGAGUAACUUCCUGGGACCAUCCGAAGUCGUGAGUAAACUUCCCGGGGACAGGAUCCGGUCAAGGAAAACCUAACAUGACAACAAAAAUCAAACAACAUAAGUGAAAGAAAAAACCGGACCGUACUAAGAAAACCCCUAAAAGAAUCUCAGGCGAAAAACAGGUAAAGGAACGCUUCAUCAUACAACAAAGCCUGAAAGAAGAGAGGGCAAUCCACAUUGUUUCUGAGGUGCUGAGCGUUUGCCUGACAAAAGGGUUCCAGUGUGAACCAUGAAAGAAAAUUAUGCCAAGCAUAAAAAAUGGCAAAUGCUCACCAAUCUCCCCUUGUGUAACAUGUAGUAGUAAAUCUGGUACAUUUUUGGUUGCAGUCCUAGGUCCCUGCCUCUUUGCUGCAGUCCUGCCAGGCUCCUACUACUAGCCACAGACUACUCCGUGGUGGCUUGCUGGUAGCAGUCACCCAUCGAGACCAGGUGAGAGUGGCAUGUCGACUGGCAAGAGCAGCAGGCAAGGAGCAGGAGCGAUACUGCUUUGGACUGUGUCUCUGUGUAUUCAUGUGGCUGUAAUACUGCAGCUGCCGAUUCCUUCCUCUUGUGCCCUCCCUCUGAUGAAAGCCACAUGGAAAAGGACACCUGAGGAUGCUCCUGCCUCUCUUCAUCAAAAGAGAUGAGGAGGGUUCAGGGAGAGGGCAUAUGUACUAUGCAGGAUUCAUGUUGCGACAGCGGAGAAUUUCCCUUGUUGGUUGAGGCUAUACCUUUCUUCUUGUGCCAACUUGAGGAGUCAAUGGGUGUGGCAGAAGAAGAACGUGGAAGAUGUGGUUGGUUUGGUGAACAACUGUAAGAGGAGGGCUCACAGGGAGCUCAUGCUGAAAAUUACUACUACUAACUCGGAUGGGUGAAAACUGAAAAGAUUGGGAUGGUGAGGGAUGCUUUUCAUGUUUUUUGUUUUUCUUUUUGCAGGGAUGGUAAUUCUUUUUGGGUAAAUAUUUACUAUACUUGGUAAAAAAAACACGACAACAAAACCGAACACUUUUUUUUAAACAUCUUCUGGGUUAACCUAAACAUGACAACGCUGUUUCUACUCUACUUUAUCUGGAAAUGAAGGGCCUCAUUGUUUGCUCUA